AAGGCUGUUAGUCCACGGCUGUGCUGGAGCAGGCGGCGCCGAGGGGAAGCUGCCGGGGACAGGGGGCGUGGGCACAAGCAGGAAGCCGGGAGGACGGACCGGCCCUGGGGACGUCCUGCAGAAGAAGUUGGCACCGUCCAUCGCAGGACCGCACACCUGCCUCCCACCAGCGAGGUGCCUCCACACAGCCUUUUGGGGCUCUGCAGCGCUGAUGUGUGUUACACUGGGUGCUCUGGGCUCUCGUGCAGCCACCCCCUGAGAAGUGCAGAAGUGUCCAAGUCCAUCCUCUGGGGGAUCCUCAGUGAACUUCGACCACUUCCAGAUCCUUCGGGCCAUCGGAAAGGGCAGCUUCGGCAAGGUGUGCAUCGUGCAGAAGCGGGACACGGAGAAGAUGUACGCCAUGAAGUACAUGAACAAGCAGCACUGCAUCGAGCGGGACGAGGUGCGCAACGUGUUCCGGGAGCUGGAGAUCCUGCAGGAGAUCGAGCACGUCUUCCUGGUGAACCUGUGGUACUCCUUCCAGGAUGAGGAGGACAUGUUCAUGGUGGUGGACCUGCUCCUGGGCGGGGACCUCCGCUACCACCUGCAGCAGAACGUCCAGUUCUCCGAGGACACGGUGAGGCUGUACAUCUGCGAGAUGGCGCUGGCCCUCGACUACCUGCGCAGUCAGCACAUCAUCCACAGGGACGUCAAGCCCGACAACAUCCUGCUGGACGAGCAAGGGCACGCACACCUGACCGACUUCAACAUCGCCACCAUCAUAAAGGACGGGGAGAGGGCCACCGCCCUGGCGGGGACCAAGCCAUACAUGGGUGAGCCGCGGCCACCAGCCUCGCACCCGCCCGGCCAGCCUGCUGUAGUGCGGGACAGGCUCGGACAGACGCUAGCUCCGGAGAUCUUCCAGUCCUUCGUCAGCGGUGGCAGCGGCUACUCCUUCGAGGUGGACUGGUGGUCAGUGGGGGUGCUGGCCUACGAGCUGCUGCGUGGAUGGAGGCCCUACGACGUCCACUCCAGCAAUGCCGUCGAGUCCCUGGUGCAGCUGUUCAGCACGGUGAGCGUCCAGUACGUCCCCACCUGGUCCAAGGAGAUGGUGGCCCUGCUGCGGAAGCUCCUCACUGUGGACCCCAAGCACCGAGCCUCCAGCCUACAGGACAUGCAGGCGGCCCCAUCGCUGGCCGGCGUGCUGUGGCAGGACCUCAGCGAGAAGAAGGUGGCACCAGGCUUUGUGCCCAACAAAGGCCGCCUGCACUGCGACCCCACCUUUGAGCUGGAGGAGAUGAUCCUGGAGUCCAGGCCUCUGCACAAGAAGAAAAAGCGUCUGGCCAAGAACAGGUCCCGGGACAGCAGCAGAGACAGCUCUCAGUCUGAGAAUGACUACCUUCAGGACUGCCUUGAUGCGAUCCAGCAAGACUUUGUGAUUUUUAACAGAGAAAAGCUGAAGAAGAGCCAGGACCCCGCGAGCGAGCCGCCGCCCGCCCCCGGGGCCGGAGAGGCUGCGGAGGACCGCGAGGGGACGCGCCCCGCCCUGUCCAUGUGCGGCCCCAUCUGCCCCUCCCGCCUCACCGAGAGUUAGCUCCCGCUGCUUUGCAGACUCAGGUCUGCCAGGAGGACAGGACGGGGUGGCGGGCAGAGGCCCAGCGUGGACAUUCCCCGCCGAGCAGCCCGGCCCCUCCCAGCACAGACCCCGGGCCUGGUGGCCCCGCUGCUCCCUGGCCUUGUUUGCACGGGGACGGGCUGACUGCCGAGCCUGCUCGAGGGCUCUCCGUGGCCCAUGGCAACCGCCGGGAGUGGGGGACACGCCCCGGUGGCUCCGUUACCUGCAAUGGUGGCAGGAGGCCUGCGGCCUCCGCUGGUGCCCCCCCACCCCCACCCCUCCGGCCCACCACUGGCAAGUCACAGAGGCUCCAGUGCCACCAGCCUCAGCUGUACAUAAGCCCUCGGCACCGGCCCUGCCGUCGGCUGCCGGACGUCCGUGCACUGGCUCCCCGGGGCGCACGGAGUCUCGUGCGGAAAGGUGAGGAGUGUUUUUAUAGACACACUGUUCUGGCGACUUCUGCUGUGUUUCUGUACAGUUGUCACCUCUGAGCAUCACGACCUAAGAGCUG